GAGCGCGCAUCUGAUCUCUGUGCGCGUAGCAGUGAGUCCACAGCGGCACCGGUCCUGCGCACGAGCAGUGAGUUCUUUCACAGCGGCGCAGCAGUGAACGUCUCCGAUCCUUUCAGAAGCAGCGCGGCAGCAGCACACGCGCGGACACGGACGAGCCAGAUGGCGGGAGCGCAGCCGGGAGUUCACGCGCUCCAGCUCAAGCGCGUUUCAGUGCCCGUGAGCCUGAGGACCGGCGACAAAUUCAUAAAAUGGGACGAUGACUGCACCACAGUUACACCCGUGACACUGCGUGUUGACCCGCAGGGCUACUUCCUGUACUGGACCGAUCAGAAUAAGGAGACCGACCUGUUAGAUGUCUCACUGAUCAAGGAUACGAGAAAUGGGAGGUUUGCCAAGACGCCAAAGGAGGCCAAGCUGCGAGAGCUCCUGGAUGUGGGGACUCUGGAGGGGAAGCUGGAGGACAGGACACUCACAGUGGUCAGUGGUGCGGACAUGGUCAACAUCACCUACCUGAACUUCACGGCCUUCAGCGAAGAGGUGGCCAAGGAGUGGGCUGAGGAGCUUUUUAGCUUGGCAUCAAACCUGCUGGCACAGAAUUUAUCCAGAGAAUCCUGUCUGGAGAAAAUGUACACAAGACUGACGUUACAGCUGACAGCCGAGGGUGGCAUUCCUGUGAAAAAUAUUUUCCGUCUGUUCUCGGCUGACAGACGGAGGGUUGAAAAUGCUCUGGAGGUCUGCAGCCUUCCAACGGGAAGAAAUGACACGAUUUCUCAGGAUACAUUCACAUCUGACGUAUACCGACAGCUACUCAACAACAUUUGUCCACGGAACGACAUCGAUACGAUUUUCUCAGAAAUUGGUGCUAAGAUCCGGCCAUACCUCACCGUAGAGCAGAUGACAGACUUCCUGAACAACAGACAGAGAGACCCUCGUCUGAAUGAGAUCCUGUUCCCGCCCCUUAAAGCCGAGCAAGUGCAGGGAUUGGUGGAGAAAUACGAGCCUGACACCAUGCUUUCACAAAGAGGGCAGAUCUCGGUGGAGGGCUUCGGCAGAUAUCUGAGUGGAGAAGAGAACAGUAUCAUCCCUCCAGAGAAGCUGGACCAGAGUGAAGACAUGACGCUGCCACUCUCGCAUUACUUCAUCAACUCCUCACACAACACCUACCUCACAGCGGGUCAGCUGGCUGGAAACUCGUCUGUGGAGAUGUACCGGCAGGUUCUGCUGUCCGGCUGUCGCUGUAUAGAGCUGGACUGCUGGAAGGGCCGCACCGCAGACGAGGAGCCGUUCAUCACACACGGCUUCACCAUGACCUCAGAGAUCUCCUUCAAGGAGGUGAUUGAGGCCAUCGCAGAGAGCGCCUUCAAGACAUCUCCGUUCCCUCUCAUCCUGUCCUUCGAGAAUCAUGUGGACUCUCCCAAACAGCAGGCAAAGAUGGCAGAGUAUUGCCGAUCAAUAUUUGGAGACGCAUUGCUCACAGACCCACUGGAGAAAUACCCCUUGGAGGCUGGUGUUCCUCUGCCAAGCCCUGUGGACUUGAUGGGCAAAAUCCUCAUCAAGAACAAGAAGAAUUCCCACAAAGCCGACGGCAGCACCAAGAAGAAGCUCUUAGAGCAAACGUCCAACCCCUGCAGUGACACGUCCAGCUUGUGUGAGCCCUCGUCUCCCAGCGCAGGGUCGACACAUCAGGAGAUUCACAUCAGCAUUCAUGCAGACGGGAGCGAUGGAGGUGAAAGAAGAUUGCAGGGAAUGAAGUCGAUUGAUAAAACGACAGAGUCUCUAUCACAUAACGCAGGUCUGGCCGAUGAAAAAGGAGAAGCGGAAGUAGAGAGUGAUGCAGAUGAAGAGAACGAUGAAAGUAAGAAGUCCAUGGAUGAGGGGACGGUAAAUGAAGCCUUCGCCACAGAGGAGAUGUCCAACUUAGUCAACUACAUUCAGCCUGUUAAAUUCAACUCCUUCGAGGCGUGCAAAAAAAUCGAUCGAAGUUAUGAGAUGUCGUCGUUUGUGGAGACCAAAGCGCUGGAGCUGCUCAAAGAAGCGCCGGUGGAGUUCGUCGAGUAUAAUAAACUGCAGCUGAGCAGAAUUUAUCCCAAAGGAACUCGAGUCGACUCCUCCAACUACAUGCCUCAAGUCUUCUGGAACGCCGGAUGUCAGCUGGUCGCUCUGAACUUCCAGACCAUAGAUCUGCCCAUGCAGCUGAAUCUGGGCAUAUUUGAGUACAACGGGAAAUGCGGCUACAGACUGAAGCCAGAGUUCAUGAGACGGACGGACAAACAGUUUGACCCGUUCACUCAGAACACAGUGGAUGGGAUCGUCGCACACACGCUGUCUGUGAAGAUCAUAUCCGGUCAGUUCCUGUCUGAUAAGAGAGUCGGAGUUUACGUGGAGGUAGAAAUGUUCGGCCUUCCGGUGGACACCAAACGGAAAGCGUUUAAGACCAAGACGUCUCAAGGCAAUGCCGUCAAUCCGGUGUGGGAUGAAGAUCCGGUGGUCUUCAAAAGAGUGGUUCUUCCCACGCUGGCGUCUUUGAGGAUAGCCGUGUAUGAAGACAACGGGAAGUUUAUCGGCCAUUGCAUCAUCCCAGUAUGUGCCAUCCGACCCGGAUAUCAUUACAUCAGUCUGAGGAACGAGAAAAACCAGACGCUGACGCUUCCAUCCGUCUUCAUCUACACUGAGGUCAAGGACUACGUCCCAGACACUUUUGCAGAUGUGAUCCAGGCUCUGUCCAAUCCCAUCCUGUACAUCAGUCUGAUGGAGCAGAGAGCCAAUCAGCUGGCGGCUCUGACACAGGAGGAGGGAGCGCAGGAGGCCGACAGAGAAGAGGUCAAUGGCGGAGGAGAUCCUGUGUCAGAGGUCAAGACUGACUCUAAACCCGCCGCAGAGAACGGGCUGAACAACGACAACAUCUCGCCCAAAUCAUCUGUGGUCAGUCACCAGACGUCAUCUUCAGGGUCGGUCAAACCUGCUGUGAAGUCUGAGGAUGUGGUCCAGAGUGUUUUAACAGAGGUGGACGCUCAGACUGUAGAUGAACUGAAACAGAUGAAGGCUUAUUUGAGGGAGCAGAAAAAGCAGUACAAAGAACUGAAGGAGCUCAAGAGGAAACACAACAAGAAAACCAGCGAUCUGAUCAACGAACAUGCGUCCAGACAGAAGCAGCUGCGCAGCGACUUCCUCCGGCGCAGGUCUGCACUGCAGAAGAGGAGUGUGUCGGAUCAGGAUCGGGAUCGGGAUCGGGAUCUGCUGGAGCAGGAGCAGGAGAGAUGUGAGCGUGAACAGCAGCAGCAGCAGCUCCUAACACUCAGACAGGAGCAGUUCUACAGCGAGAAGUACCUCAAACGAGAGCACCUCAAACUGCUUGUUGAGAAGCUCAUGUCUGUGGCAGAAGAGUGUCAGAAUAACCAGCUGAAGAAACUGAAGGAUCUGUGUGAGAGAGAAAACAAAGACUUGAAGAAAAGGAUGGACAAGAGACGCCAGGAGAAGUUUCAAGAAGCUCGGACGCUGGAGAAGACUCUGACUGAGGAGAAAAAGAUGGAGAUGAACAGAUCCCACGUGAACGAGGUGGUGCAGUCCAUCAAGCGGCUGGAAGAAGCUCAGGACAAACGACUGGAGAGAUUGCUGGAAAAACAUAAAGAUAUUCGACAGCAAAUCCUGGACGACAAAGCAAAGGAGGACGGAUCACAGGAAGUGGAAGCUCCAGAGCGAGCUGGACCAGGAAUAUCAGGACAAGUUCCGGAGGCUUCCAGUGGAAAUCCAAGAAUUCGUGCAGGAUUCUGCUGCUUGUAAAGGCAAGUUCAGCCAAGACAGUGACUUUCUUCCCAUGUCCAGAGCGACGGGGAAGCUCAAGCACGCAAAUCUCUCUCCAUCUGAAGACGUGGAGCAGCGGUCGUCAGAGAAAGAGUGUGCUGCACCUUUAUAAACAUGUUUUUAUACUCCUCAUGCUGUCGAGUUUUCCCUGAUUAAAUGUGCACCUUUUAGUGUGAUGACUUACUUGAACAA